AUGUAUUCUAAGCUUUCUUUAAGUACUUGGAAUAUAAAUGGUUUAAAAAAUUGUACGCUUGGUAAGAAACUAAGCAAUAGUGAUUUUAUAAAAAAUAUUGAAGAUCAUGAUUUAAUCUUUCUUGUUGAAACAUGGUCAAAUGACACUAACAGCAUUCCUGGUUUCAAGGCAAUAUCCACAGUCACGGCAACACCCAAGUCAAACUUUGCUUGCCGUUUGUCUGGUGGAAUUUCACUUUUGUUCAAAAUAGGACUUGAAACUUUUAUUUCUGUUGAAAAACGUACAAAAACAUCUUUAUGGUGUCGAAUAGACAGCACAAUCCUAGACUCCACAAAAGAUCUAUUCAUCUGUGGAGUCUAUAUUCCACCGGAAAGGUCAUCUUAUUAUGAUGAAGAAAUCUUUGAUGACCUUGAAAAUGACAUAGUUUAUUUCUCAAAAAAAGGAAAUGUUAUGCUGCUGGGGGACUUUAAUGCCCGUACCAGCAAACUUGAAGAUUUUGUCUCAAGCGAAGGAAAUACCUUCAUAAAUGACAUUACUGAAACCGCUUUCCAACCAAAAAUAAGGGAAAGUUUUGAUAGUUAUAUUAAUAAACAUGGAAAAAAUCUGAUUGAGAUCUGCAAAAGUUGCAACCUAAGAAUUCUGAAUGGUAGGACCCUUGGUGACUCAUUUGGUAAACCCACUUCACACAGUAAAAAUGGCUCAAGUGUGGUUGACUACAUAAUAUGUGACCAAGAACUAACCCAAUCCAUUGAAAACUUUAUUGUUAAACCUCCAACUUAUCUAUCUGACCAUCGUCAACUAGUGACAUGGAUUAAAAGAGCUCCCACUCAUGUCCCUCUCAGUGAGACUACUCACACGCAACAACCUAAAACACAUAAGCUUCCACCCCAAUUCAUAUGGGACAACGACUCAAUGAUUAAGUUUAAUAUCUAUAUGAUCGAAUUGGCAACAUUAUUUGACACUACAGCUAGAUGCUGA